AUGUCACUUCCACUGACAUCCCUGCCUCCGAUCACAGAAGAGAUCAACGCGAACACCGACAUCGCUGAUACAAAUCGAGGCAAGUCUGCAUUAGCUCAAGAUAGAGCCCUGGCCACAAUACGACAAGACGCUGAAGACAAUAUUCGGAAGUUUGCAACACAUAUGAUGCUGAAAUUAAAGAAAUCGGGCUCUCCUUCGCUGCAAACGGCAAUGAACUACCUUAGCUGUUUAAAGGGUAAAAGUGCGUCAGAACAUGACUUCAAAAUACAUUCCCAGAAAGAAGGCAUCACGUUACAAAACACAGCGGACGAUAUCACUGACGAGAUAUUGCGCCUGCUCUGUGAGAAAAUGCUGGAUUCCAAUUCCUGGAUCGGAAUGAAAAACCGAGCUCUACAAAUUGUUCUUUGGCAUCUACUUGGCCGAAUCAAUGAGGUGGCACAGCUGAGAUCGGUGAGGCUGAAAUUUGAUCCGCUGAAUGGCGCGGUGAUGGUGAAUCUGCUGCGCACCAAAGGCAACAAAUCCGGCCGCGAAAGCCUUAAAGCAUUAUUGGGCAUCGUGAACGUUAUCAGCAUUGCGUGUUGGAUGCAUUGGCUAGCAUGA